ACGUGACGGGCAGGCAGCCGCAGCAGAACAGCAGCUACCUCUGCCCCACCCCUCUGAGAUGGACAACCCCACGGUGGACAAUGCCGCAUCCGGCAGUCCACGCGAGGCAUGCAGCUCGAACCCCCCGGCCCCACAGGCCCAGCAGGAGGGUUCCACUGCAACUUCUGCGGGAACCCUCGACACUGCACCAGUCUGGCAGCAAGGAGAGACCAUGACGGCCUUCCUGGCCCGCCUGGGCACUUACAUGCAACAAGUCCAAGAGGAACAGCAACGUGAGGCGGCAGCCGAAGAAGCAGGUUUCAAUGCCAUUGCACACGCAGACGAGCAACCGCGCCAGCAGCAAGCGGACGCCGCUGCCAAUCAUAACAAAGCUCAACGAGAUGCCGCAUCUGUCCUCAUGCAGCAGGAAGCCGCUCAUAUCGCCGCACUCCGAGCUUGGAAUGUUGAUCCGGCGGCAGCGACGGAACCAACUACGGAGGACCAGACUAAGUCAGCUGUCACCAGCAUGAUGCACCAAGUCAUCCUCACUUGUAACUGGCAACAAGUGGAGCUGGCCCGGCAUCGAAGUCUCGAAGCUUUAUACCAAGAUCACUUGGGAGGCCAUGACCGAGAAGUGGCGGAAACGCUUCAUCAUCGACGACGCUCAAGGCAAAGGCGUGAACCGGAUCUUCAGCAUGCAUCAAGGCAGCCAGCCAACACGCAAAUGGCUAACCGAGUGGCAGAAAAUCUGGACAUACCGUUCGUUCAUCUUCGUCGCGAAUUCUUCCAACGGUCGGUUGACGCGUUGAGCACGACCCUUGGGGAGCGCAACUUGUACAAGGACUUUGACCAGAUCGUGGAGAAGGCGCGUGAAGUCAUCCAAACCAAUCGGUGGGCAGCCAACGAGCGGCGAAGCCAACCGAAUUUUGUGGAAGAGGGCAAAGGCCCGCGGCCGCAGCAAGUCGCUGCUGUCCAAGGAAAUGGACAAAAGAACGACCAGGCGAUGACUCACGAGUCUAGUGAAGGAGACGGAGUCAACGCCCUUCCGCCACGACGCAACAACAACAACAACAAGAAGUCCGGCACCGAGAUGAAACCAAGUUCGGCUCGGCAUCCGCAAACGGACGGGCAGACGGAGCGGGCAUAUCAAACCGCUCAAGUAAUGCUUCGCACACUCAUCCGUACGGAUCAGAAGGAUUGGGUGGACCGCCUCCCCGACAUCGAGUUUGCCAACAACACUUCGGUGCACCCGGCGAUCGGCGUGACUCCGUUUGAGUUACACCACGGUGGCCGGAAAGGCCGCAUCUUCGCUGAUCUUCCUUUUCCAAGGACUGCCGACAUUGACGCCGCUUGUUCGCCCGCCUCCGUUCGGAAGUAUAGGGACUUGCUGGCUAAAGCCCGCGCCAACAUGCAAAAGGCUCAAGUCCGCAUGCAACAACAAGCUAACAGGCGUCGCGUGCCAUGCCAUAUCCGCGCUGGCGACCUUGUUUGGGUCUCCACGGAAGAGUUUGCACUUGAGCAAGAUGUAUCCCGCAAGCUACUUCCAAAGUGGUUUGGACCAUGGCCCAUCACAUCAGCCGUGGGUGAUGAGCCCGAUGGCGCUUCAUUCGUGAUCGAAAUCCCGCCGCACCUCACGGUGCACCCGGUUUUCCACGCCUCCAAGCUGGCCACAUAUACACCAGCCAAGAGCGACGACUUCCCGGGACGACAAUCACAGGACCCUCCUUGCAUAGAUGGUCAUCAGGAAGUCGACCGCGCCAUCACGCAUCGCAAGCACGACAACAAGCCUAUGCAGUACAAUGUCACAUUCAAGUGGUGCGACCCCGAUGACACACGAUGGAUUUCCCGGGCAGCUUUGCGAGCCUCCGCUCCUGACAUCUAUGCUCAUUAUGAGAAGAAACGGCUAGCGACGGAAGCUGCACAGCCUCCCACCCGGACUUCAGUCCCUCCCUCCACCAUACAGCUUCGCCCUCGCAGGGAAAGGGAGGCGGAGGCAGCAACUAGAGCUACGAGUAUAGAUGCGCAGGAGGCCCUCCUACAGGUUCCGGAAGCCAAUGCGGACCGGUUCCAGGAGAGGCUAGCUGCUGCCGUCGCAGCCUUGGUACGGAUGCGGAACUUGGAAGAUCUCGAGUCCCGUGUGACAGCACUUGAGCAGCGGAACCAAGRGCUGCAGGCUAAAGUAAAUAGCCUUGAACAGUCCCAAUUGUCUGCCCCCCGCCCUCCUAACUCUCGAUCUGCUGUAAUCCCAGUCUCUCAGUCCAUCACAACCCUCGUUCCAAGGGCUAGCGGAAUUGUGGCAAGUGUAGGAACCGGUGCCAGCUCCUCGAGCGGCAGCACCGACAGUUCUGCACUGGUCACAGUCCCAAAUGCAGGGACUUCAGCCCAAAACGCCGCAGUUCUUACUGGCGUUCAGUACAGCGGUCCCAUGGUGGACAAGCGGCCGGCCACACUGCCGUCCAAGUACGACGGGAAGCCUGACAUCACCUCUUGGAUUAGUUCCAUGAGGUCAUACUUCGAGGUCAUGCGGACACCGCAAGAGGACCAGAGUAUGAUCAUGGGGACUAAUACCGAACCCGCCGUACGUAACCACAUUGAGCUCCAAGAUGUUGCUGCAGGCUAUGAGCGCAUAGACCUGACUGAAUGGCUGAAGGUUACCCCUGUCCGCGCUCUUGAAGACCUUCUCCUUGACCGGUAUCAGGAUAAACACGCUGUGCUCAAGGCUAGGCUGAAGCGUGAGGCCCUCAAAGGCCAAACAUGGAGGUCAUCCAUGCAAGCUUUAGAACAACACUUGACAUGUCUAUUCACCACUCCGGAUCUGGGGAUGACUGACGUGUCUUGCAUGGAUGUAGUCAUGGGAGUGGCCCCUAAAGAAUACCUCUCCCUGCUAGCACUCAAAGACCAUGCUACCUGGCGAGAGCUCAUGAAGGAUCUAGUCAACCUAGAGGCCAAGGACUUCGCCAGGCGCAAGAAGGCGCCCGCUGCAGGAUUGCUAUCGUCUUCAAGGAAACAGGCAAGGGGCGUAGAGGAGUCAUCAGCACUCUCUACAGCAAGGGAAGCUGGGCAGUCAGUUGCAGGCCCUUCCGAGGAGCCUGGAUCUGAUCAGCAGCGUGCUCUUGAAGCCCAAACUAAUGCUGAAUCCAAGGCUGAUGCAGUCCAAGUAUUGUAUACUGAGCCUUGGGAGGGGUCUAAAGAGGUCGACCUCCACGCCCACAUGAAGCAUUGGCUGCAUCUCAAGCAGCAACGCCGUGUUCAAGGGAGCGUGGAGCUGAUUUUCUUUAAACUACUCAUUAACCGCCGAUACAUCCGUGUGCUGAUUGACAGUGGUUCUACCACUAAUUUCUUCUCUCCGACCGGGAUUCGUGAGGCGGGUCUGGGUAUGAAGCAAGUGGAACUGCAGAACCCUUGCCGGACUCAGGUGGGCAACCAAGAGGUUGUCACUUCCACUCAUGUUGUCAAAGGUGUGCGCAUCACCUUUGACAAAGAUCGCACUGUCACACAUGAGCUGAAUUUUUAUGUCCUGGACAAGUGUCCUUUCGACGCGGUCAUUGGCAUGGGCUGGCUAAAGGCUCAUUGCCUAAGGACCACGUGGGCAGACAACCAGUUCGUGGUACUUGACGCCAAGGGGAACGAGCGUACCGUCUUGUUAGAUGAGACGCGCGAGUCCCCUGUGACUCUUCUCAGUGCUAACAAAUUCUGCAGGUUUGUGGUUGUGUAUCUUGAUGACAUUAUGAUUUUCAGCAAGUCCAUGGAGGAGCACGUCAAGCAUCUUGAGGAGGUCUUGCAAGUCCUCAAAGAUGCUCAACUGCACCUCAACUUGGAGAAAUCUGAGUUUGGGAGGGACAGCAUCAUCUAUCUUGGGAACCGGUUGUCUGUGAGCGGCCUUGAGCCGGAGGCAACCAAGGUUGAGGUCAUCCGCAACUGGCCUCAACUGGCAAAUGUACGCGAGUUGCAUUCUUUUCUCGGUUUGGCUUCUUACUACUGGAAGUUUGUGCCUAAAUUCUCUGUCAUUGCGCAUCCACUCUCACGCCUGACUAGUAAAAAUGUUGCCUACGCGUGGUGUGAAAAGUGUGAGACUGCGUUCCAGGCCUUGAAAGAGGCUUUGGUGAGUCAUCCUGUGCUCCGCAUUGCCGAUCCCAACCUCACGUUCGUAGUCACUACGGACGCGAGCCAGUUUGGGAUUGGUGCAGUGGUGCAACAAGACGAUGGCGAUGGUCUGCGUCCGCUUGAAUAUUACAGCAAACGCAUGCCCAACCACAAGGUAGCCACUUCCACAUACAUGCGGGAGCUCUACGCCUUGCGCGAGGCGCUCACGCAUUGGAAGCACUAUCUCUUGGGUYGCCACUUCAAGGUCUACUCAGAUCAUCAGACCUUGCAGUGGAUUAAGACACAAACCGAUCUUUCUCCAACGCUGACCCGCUGGUUGCAUGAUAGUGAUGUCUUCGACUUUGAAUUGAAGCAUAAGAAAGGCUGCUAUAAUCGUGUUGCUGAUGCUCUAUCACGCCAUCCUGAGUAUUUGACUUGCCUGGUGGAUUCGUACGACCUCCGCAGGAAACUGAAGGAGGAUCUGAUCGAACACACCGCCAAGGAUCCGGACCUUAGUCCCAUCCUUGAGCAACUCAAGGCUGACCCCAACAGCCAGCCUGAUUUUCAUGAAUGCGAUGGUCUUGUAUUCCGCCGGUACGGGAAAUUUGAUCGCUUAUGUAGAACCAAGGUCCACAGGCAUAAGCCUUAUGGCCUGCUGAGACCUCUCCCAAUCCCUGAUGGCACCGGGGAAUCGGUCUCUAUCGAUUUCACGGUUAUGGGGAAGGUGAGUACGACAGGGAAUUCACAAGUCAUGGUCAUUGUGGAUCGCUUCUCUAAAUUUUUGAAUUUGAUUCCUCUACCUCCUCAUGCACCGACUGAACUGGUGAUCGAAGAGUUUCACCAUCAGUACAUUCUGCAAUAUGGGCCCCCAAAAACUCUUGUGAGUGAUCGGGACACCAGAUUCAUCAGCAAGGAUUGGAAGGACUUCACUGCCCAGAUCUAUGACAUCAAACUGAACAUGACUUCUGGUCGACACCCCGAAGCCAAUGGAUUGGCUGAGGAAAUCAACCAGACCGUCACCCAGCUGCUGCGCGCAUUGAUUGUGCCAUAUAAGAACACAUGGGAUAAGGACUUGCAUGAAGUAAAGGGGUUGUACAACAACUCCAUCCAUUCUGCAACCGGUGUGACACCAAACCAGUUGCAGUAUGGAUGGCCAAUGCUCAAUCCCCUCUCCUUCCUGUUCCCAGAACGGUCACCUGGUCUGAUGCCCGGCAUGCCUGGCUACAAUGCCAAGUACGCACGCUUGCUCAAAGUUGUGACCGCAGCCAUGAACAAGCGCCAGCAUGCCAUGAUCAAACAUGCUAAUAAAAUGCGCAGAGAAGAGAAAUUUAAAGUAGGAGAUUAUGUCUGGGUCAAAAUGUCUGAAUUUUCUGAUGAAGAGGGUGUUUCACGGAAGCUUCUUCCACUAUACUACGACCCUUGGCAGAUUCUGAAAGUGAUUGGGGAUGAUUUCGGUCCUUCGUAUGUGAUUGACGUGCCGCCUCAUCUGCACACGUACCCAGUCUUCCAUGCCUCCAAACUGUUUCCGCACAUUGAUGAUGAGACUUUUCCCUUCCAAGACCCUAUGAUACCUCGCUCUAUCAAUGGUGGCCAUGAGAUCGACAGAAAUCAGGAAACCAAGCUAAAGAGUGGGAUGAUGUGGAGGCCUUGGAGAACUGUGACAACGAUUCCAUACAGCGCGCUGGCGGGACCUGUCAAUCCAGCGGAACUGCUGGCGGUCUCAGUGGGACACCUCCUGACUCAUGGGAUUCUGAAGGGAGACAGUGAUCUGGACUCGAGAGUGUUCGCCAUUGACCUGGACAGAUAUUACAGAAGUGAUUGCUCCGAGAGUGAUAUGGAGGAGUGGGAAGAUGAGAACAAAGGAGUAGGAUCAGAAUCGGCCCUUGUCCCGGGACAGGAAACCAGUGGAAGUGUGGGGGAGUAUAAGUUACAUGAUUCUCUCAUGACGGUGCGGAUGGCAGCCAGAAUGCAUUUCAACUGUCCUUCUCUAGAUGGAGCUGAGCUGGAGGGCAGUGGGGGCCAAGGUAGUGCUGGCUCACAUUGGGAAAGACGGGUAUAUGAUGGGGAAAUGAUGGUCGGUGUUUCUUCAACCGGAGCCAUGAUGUCAGAUGUAACAUUGGCUUUGUUUGAAGAUAGUGGAUGGUGAGCUCUACACCUUAACCCCACCCCACCCCGCAACCCCAUUGCCCUCCUUCCCCCCAAAAAAGCUUAUAGUCUGUGACAGU